AUGUCGGCGGGACUGAUGCGACCGGCCCGGGCAUGUCUUCGCAUACAAUGCCUUGAACAAUGUCAUCACAAUAUUGAUAUGGGCAUCGUUGCGCCAGGACGUGGAUCCUUCUGGCUGUUCCGCGACGCCGUCGGUAUCAAUGAAAAGACGCCGCUUCCCAACAAGCUCCCUGACCCGGAAAUAGUGGAGGUAACGGGUGACUACUUCCGAAAUAUAUGGAUACAGUGA